GCAGACUCCAAGGAAGCAGAUCGAUCGAUCGAGUGCGUGGCGCGGUACUCCGCUCAUGGGGAAGGGCUACCACAAGAAGCUCGGCGUGAACAAGGCGGCCAUCGCCGGCACCGGCUCCGGGAAGAGCAUGGCCAUGCGCGGCGGGAACGGUAGACGCGCUGGCGGGGCCGGACCGGGAGGAGGCGCGAAGGCAGUAGCUGGCGCGGGCGGUGGGGGAUGGGGAGGCGCGCCGAAGUUCUCUGCCACCGACCAUAGCACCAUCCAGACGGUAAGCUGGCAAACCUACCGAUCAUUAACCAUUACGCGUUCUUCCAAGGCGGCCACCGCCGGGGAAGGGAAGGCCAAGGUCGCCGGCGGCGGCAACGCUAAGCGCUCGGGAGGCGUGGUCACUGCCGGCCCGAGAGAAGGCGCGGUGGGCGCGGGCAGGGCCAGCCCAGGAGGUGCCAAGGGAGUAGCAGGUCGUGCGGGCGGUGGCGGCUGGGGAGGCGCGCAGCCAUUCUCUGCCACUGGCCAUAGCACCUUCGAGAUGGACGUGCAUCCCACGAAUGAGUACUACGACUGUUCGUCUGACCAUGGCACCUUUGACACGGCGGCGGAGACAAUGAAUGAGUACUACGAUGAGGAGGAGAACCUUGGUUUGUCCAUGGACAAGGGCGGAGAUGAGGAUGAUGGAGGCCAGCACGAUGCUGAAUUUCUGUGUGAUGAAGACGGCAAGGGCGAUGAGAUCGGCAAUGAUGGCAACGGAGGGGGUGGUGACGACAUAGGCGGUGCUGGGAUUGGUGAUGACCUCUUCGGGGGUUUUGACGGUGGCUACGAUGAUGAUGGUGGGGAUUGAGUUGACGACUGGUGGUAGUGACCGAGGGCAAGGCCUCUUUGAGAUGUGAGAAAACUAAGUCCGAGAUGAAGUUCAGCUCUUUAUCAAGUCUCUACUAGUUCUUAUGUUAUCCAACCUUCGGCUGUCCAUGUAGCUUCUAGGUUAGCUUCUGGCUUAGUUGUGGUGAUCCCCACAAGUACAUUUGGAGUGAUGUUACCACUUUUUUGUAUGAUAAUCUAGGUAAAUCAGUCUUCUAUGUGUGGGGGAUCUAAAAACGUCAUGAACCGUUGUGAAU